AUGGCGAGCCCCGCGGGUCCCCCCUCGCCUUGGCCGCUGAGCCGGGCGUCGGCGGCUUCCCUGGCGGUGUGCGCGGCGCAGCUGGGCCUGUGCGGGCUCCUGGGCCGGCGCUACGGGAAGUCUCGGCUGGAGUGCCUGGUGCUGAGCUGGCUGUGCUACGACGCGCUGGUGCAUUGCACGCUGGAAGGCCCCUUUGUUUACUUGUCCCUGGUGGGAAGUGUUGCAGAAUCAGACAGCAUAAUUGCGUCAUUGUGGAAGGAAUAUGGCAAAGCAGAUGCGAGGUGGCUACACUCUAAUCCCACUGUUGUCUCACUGGAGAUACUGACUGUUUUUUUGGAUAGCCUUUUGGCAUUGAUCCUCAUUUAUGCUAUUCUCAAACAGAAGCAUUACAGACACUUCAUUCAGAUAACAUUGUGUGUUUGUGAAUUAUAUGGUGGAUGGAUGACCUUUUGUCCAGAGUGGCUAAUUGGAAGCCCCAACCUCAACACUAGUAACUGGCUUUAUCUUUGGGUGUAUCUGGUAUUUUUCAAUGGUAUAUGGGUCGUUAUUCCUGGACUUCUGCUGGUGCAGUCCUGGGUAGAGUUGACGAAGAUGCAUCAUGAGAAAUCAGGCAGGAAAAAACAUCAGUGAUCAAGGCAUUGGGACAACA